UCAAUUACAGAUCUCAAUAUGGAAUGGGCGAGUCUGUCAAAAAACUCACAAAGCAUUUAACAGACAGGAACGUGACAUCCAUCGAUGUUACUAUGGACGUUAGAACACCACCAAAAAUUAAGCAACAAAUUAAAAACAAACUACCGCAGAUAGAAGAGAAUUCUCAUGCUGGAGUUGCAAUCCCAAUCGAUGAAGAUAGCAUAGAGCUGGAGGAAGCUAAUAAAAUGACGCAUUUCCAUAAAUACGAGAAACCAACAACUGAUUCCGGAAUAUCGACUUGGAUAUUGCUUAGUGGACAGACCUCGCAAACGUCAAGCGGUACUAAGAAACCUGAACUCGGGGAGAAAGUAAAGAAAGAAGACAAUACUACUGAAAAGCCCACGAAGAUCAUUAAGCCGUACUUCAAGAAGAAGAUCAGUAUAACGACAACGACUACGACGACUAUUCCUAGUACAACAACGACUACUACUACUACUACAACAACAAAGAAACCUACAGUUAAAACUAUUACAACGGUUCCCCCGAAAGUGAUAAAAGAAAUCACGAAGCUCACGAAAGUUAAAGCUUCGGAGCUGUCUAAUGCUAAGAAAAAUGCUAGUACAACUCAAGUGCCUACCAAAAAAGUAUCUACCAGCACAACUACUACCACAACUACUACUACCACUACGACAGUUGCACCAUCUACAACUAUAAAACUACCUAAGACAGAUAAAGGCGAUACUAACCUGAUAAAAACAAAUUCCUCGAGUGUGUUGCCUGCAGAAGCUAAACAGGGAGAGUUGGAUCUUAAUAAGGAAGGUGAUAAAGGAGAGAAAGGGAACAAAAAGAAGAAAACCAGUGCCAAAAGGAAGAAGAACAAAAAUAAGAGACGUAAACCUGAAGACAGCUUGAAGAAUAAAACAAACAAGACAUCGGUUGAAAAGCCUAUAGGUACUCAGUUGUAUAACUAUUUAUCCAGAGAAAUAAUGCCAACGGUUGGUGCAGGCCUGGUAGGCUUGAUGAUCACUGCAGGACUAGCAGGAUAUUUUCUGUAUCCGUUUGCUGGAGGCAUCGCUAAAAGGACUUAUGACGUCGACAGAAAGGACAAAGAAGGCAGUUACUACUACAGCGAUGACUACUCGAAUGGAAUGCUAGAGGAAGAUGCUAUUGGUAACAUCAUUGCUGGGAUGCCGCAGAAUACUUUGUAUGAUAAUAAGUAUAGCAAGAAUCAACCUAUAAGUGCAAAUAAUAAUUAUCAUAAUCCAAAAUACAGGUUAGUGGAACGCAAAGCCCCAAUUCAUCCCACCCAAAAACAUCAACUGCAACUGCCAGAACAAAUGGUGAAAGGAACAGUAGAAAGCGUACCUUUGGAUGACUUCCACCGUCGGAAACCAUACGAAGACGAACCAACUGAACUGACUCCUGCCACUGUACCUGAACAUGGACCAAGGUUGUUUAGAUUUGUUGGAGAUGAAGGCCUACAACCUCACGCCGACAGUGGAAUGCCCAGAAGCAUUAAGAUCCGUAGAGCAAGGAGCAGCAUGACAAACGAACUCGAUGGAGAGCUUCCAGAAGAAAACACCAUCAUAACUACCACAGAACCGUCACGCACAACAGAUGAAUCCAUCAACACGUCAACAGAGAAGAUGGGAUCUAUCACAUCUACAAUUCCCACCUCAACAGAAGUUUCCAACAGCACUGAAUCACCAAUUUCGGAGUUUUUCGAUUUGAUGAAAGAUCUUAUACAUCUUAAGGCCAGACUAGGGCUUCAAAUCGUAAGAAAUGUUACUGUAGGUAUCUCGAAUUAUAUAUCAAAGGUCCAAACUAGGUUUGACGAAUAUUACAAGAAUAGUACGAACAGGCAUUAUCAUCAUUUUUAAGGUUUGGUAUAAUCAACUGAUCCGUAUCCUACUUGAAAUUAGACCUCCAAUCUAGAAAUUGUUCAUCUAAGCGUACGAUAGAGCGGUAUAAACGUCGUUAAUGUAAAAAUUUAGUGAUAUAAAAUUCGUUCGGACAUGUAUUAAAAGAAUCCGGCAACUUUUAUUAAAAGGUUGAUAUUUCAUUAUUUUAAAUUAUUACUAACAUUACACAAGUAUUUUAAAUAUAUAACAUCGGCAUGGAAUGUUUGGAAAUCAUCAUCCCUUAUUUAAAAAAAGAUAUCAAGUAAGUUGAAUCUGCACUUUCGACGAAACACUGUAGAACAUACAUGUACUCACACGCAUCAAUCCUCAAGAAGUGGUAUCGCUACCGUCACCAUAUCGCAGCAAAUUUUUUUCUAAAAGAACGUUUCAACAUUGUUGGAGAGAGCUUAUUAUUGUUAGUGAAUGACUGUUUAGUGUAUGGCGAAUUGUCUUUGACAUUAAAAUGUUCAACGAUUAUUCCUGCUCCAAAAAGUGCAAAAUGCUGAGUUAUAUGCAAGCAUGCACCUAUGCUCUUAGAAGAAAUCAUAUAUGAACAAAUCAUUGAUUAUAUUGAAGAAAACAUGUUAACAAAAUUUCAAACAAGAUUCAGAAAAAAUACUCUAUUGAAACAGCAGUUCAAGUGGCAGUAGAAGAAUGGAGGCUAAAUAUGGAUGAAAAAAUGUUCACAGUAACAUUGUUCUUGGAUUUCAAGAGGGCAUUUGAGACUAUUGACAGGGAUAAAUUGCUAACGAAAUUGCAUUACUAUGGAUUUAAAGGUUCAGUAUUCAACAUAUUACAUAUAUUAUUUAAUCAAUAGAAGUCAAAGAGCUAAAACUAUCAAGCAUUAAAAACAUUUCGGUAGGUGUCCCACAAGACAGCAAAUUAGAUCCAUUACUAUUUGUUUUAUAUAUUCACGAUAUUCCUGGUGUUUGAAAACACUACAAAAUUCAAAUACGUGCUGAUGAUACGUUAAUAUAUAUAUAUAUCAAAUAAAGACAUUGAAACUGCAAUAGAGCUGUUAAAUAAUGAUACAAAAAACAUAAUUAAUUGGUUGAAUGUGAAUACACUCAAAUUAAACGCAAACAAAACAACAUGUAUGCUUAUAGGAAAAUCUUUAGAUGAAUAUAUAUAAAAGAUAAAUUAUUUUUAUAGAAUUUCGUAUAGCCUGAGCCUUAUUAUAAAAAAAUUGUGUACUGAACACACAGUUCUUGAUCAUUUUUUAUAUCGAUCGACUAUUUUGUACACUGUAAACGAAACAGUAUUUUCAAAAUUACAAAUACCACAAAAUAAAGCUAUGAGAAGCAUCUUAAAUAAACAUAAAUACACUAAAAUAAAUGUUAUGCUGAAAGAACUACAAUGGUUAAAUAUCAAAAUUUUCAUAACCCACUUGGCUUUCAUUUUCAUAUUCAAGUUAAAAAAUCAUCUUCUACGAAAUUUUAUUGAAUUAAACAAUGAGUACCAUAGUUAUUCUACUAGAGAGAGUAUAGAUUUACACUUACAAAAUGGUAGUAGCAGUAUAACAAACAAAUCAGUAUUUCAAAAAGGAUUGUCUGAAUCUAAUAAAUUAAGAGAUGAUAAUAUCAAGAUGUGUGCCAGUUUGAAAAUCAGAAAUCGUAGUAGUGAAAUUUUGUAUAAACAUAUGUACCUAGACUUGAAGACAUAAUAUAUUAUGUGAUAAACUGUGUAAGAUUGAUAUUAUAGCAUUAAUGCUAAAUAAAUCUACAACCAAACAAAAAAGGCAUACACUUAUAUAUCAGUCGCUUCUUUUGAGAAAUUUUUGUCAGAUUACUACUUUUGAAGAGAAAUGGUUUCAAUAUUUCUGUAUAAAUAACCACCCGUUCUAGUUUGAAAAUACACUGAGGUUGGUGAGGUUUGACAAUAAAAACUGUUUGUGUAUAUACAAGGUAUUUUCAAAGUCAUUUACUUUAACAACGAGUAGAACUCGUUUAAAGAAUUACCAAAAAUCAGCUAUAUAAAAGUUGCAUAAUAAGAGAGCUAGUUUACAUUAUUAAAAAAUAUUUAAAAAAAAUCAUUAUCAAGUUAAAAUGAUAACAGUUUUUAAAAAAACUUCAACAGUUUUGUGCCCAUUCGCACGAUUAACGCUCGGCGAAACAACAACUCUUUGCAAGCUUCGAAAAUAAAAUCCUGGUGUCUACGAAUUAAAUCACAAGCAUUUUCAGUGCGCUGUUGAAGUUCUACUAGAGUCUUUACUGCUCUAUCAUGAUACCCCAACUCUUUCAAAUAGCCCUACAGUAAAAAAUCGCAAGGCUUUAAAUCCGGAGAGCGAGCAGGCCAAGAAAUGGGUCCAUUGCGCCCUAUCCAUCUAUUCGGAAACUCAUUAUUUAGAUGUUCAUGAACUUCUCGUCUAAAAUAUGAUGGAAUGUCUUCUAAUAAUAGCGGCAGAUUGUUUCGAAGAAAAUCUAAAUAAAUUUCACCGGUCAGAAGGAGGUGGAAAAAAGUAGAAAAGUGUCCAUGCCAUGUACCACGCCUGCCCAAACAUUCAAUGAAAAUCUAUGUUUUUUUACAGCAUGCGGAUUUUCUACUGCCCAAACAUGAUUUUUGUGGAAAUUGUGCACUCCAUUUUGUGUAAAUGUGGCCUCGUCUGUACUAAAAAUUAAUUUCGCAAAAUCGUCAUUUCUAUUCUAAAAGCCACUGGCAAAAUGAAACUGUUCUAGUAGUAUCUUCAGGUUGUAACGGUUGCACCCGUUGAUAAUCAUAAGAACAGUAUUGUUCUUGUCGUAUUGUCUUCACACUUUACUAUGAGAAAAUCCAACUUGAGCUGCUAUGGCUCUAGUACUCAUUAUCGGGUCGCCUUCGACCAUUUCUAAAAUGUCUUCCUCAAUUUGUAACAUUUCAGGUUGAGCAGGUCUUCCAGCGUGAUCUCUUCCACUAGUUGAUUAUUUGCGUAAGCAUGGGCCAUUUUUUCGCACAAAAUAAAUCAGACAAAUGAAGGUAUAUGCACUAUUAAAAGACUGAUACAACUGAUCGAACCAAAGACUCGUACUGAAAACCAUACUAUAACGCAAACAGUUGGCCAAAUUUAGAUAAACGAUAAGAGUAUUAAACAAAAAAGGUAAGAUUUUACACGGCAGUGAUCAAGAAUAUCAAAAAAUCUCUGUAAUAAUAUUAUUUUUUUAUUUUUAAUCUUUGACUAUUUCUUUUAUCAUGCAACUUUUAUAUAGGUAUAUAAUAACUGCUUUUGACGAGUCCUACAUGCAGUUAAAAUAAAUGACUCAAUAUUGAAUACCCUCUAUAGUGUAUUUUGAGUAGUAUUUGUGAAAUAAUGGGCAUCUAUUAAAAACACCCCCAGGGGUAUUUAUUACGUAUCUUAAAAGUUCAGGAAGGAUACGGAUCAAAGAAGUUUUUCAAGAGAAAUAUACCAUGAAUGUAUCGAAAAUUUCGUGUGAUUUCCACAGAACUAUACGUUUGGUUUGGUCAAAAGGGUUUUUAGUUCUGCGACGGAUUCACAAAUUAAGAAAAAUACAGAGAAAAUUAAAAAAUAUGAAUUAGAUAAAAAUAUGUUUACUGUAUCUUUCGUUAUGCGUAGGAAUUAUGUCAAAUAGAUGUUUAAGUAUUUAUUGGGCACGUGCUUUCAUUGCAUGAAAGUUGUUUAAUCAAAAAAAGACUGCAUAUACCAGCUUACAUUAUAAUUUGUUUUCUUUUACGAUGUAUUUUACUUAAUGUUAAAAUAAAGACAUAACGACUCGA